AUGGUCACACUUCCAUCUAAUCAGAGCAUUGUGAUUGUUGGAGCGGGGAUUGUAGGCCUAGAUGUUGCGCUUGUUCUUGCUGAGCGAGGCUAUGGCAGUUUAAUUACGGUCGUGGCUGAACAUCUACCAGGCGACACCUCCCAAACCUAUACAUCACCAUACGCAGGCUGUAAUUUCUCAGCCAUAUCCGGAUCUGACCCAAACGCGUUGCGAUGGGAUCAGCUCGGCUACUCUCACCUUUGCAAAUUGGCUUCUCAAGGAGAACCACAUCGCACAUUUGUGCAGCGUACUCCAUCUAUUGAACUGUGGGACGAAGAUGUUCCAGAAGAGAAGAUCAAACAUAUGUCAGAAUAUUUAGAAGAUUUUCGGGUUUUAGAGUCAGACGAGCUCCCUCAGGGCGUCAAAUUUGCCGUCUCAUUCACAACUUUGACUAUUAAUGCGCCUAAGCACAUAGAAUAUUUGUACCAGCGCCUGAAGAAUGACUACGGUGUUCGGUUUGUUCGCCAGGCUCUACCUCACUUACGAAAUGCUUUUGCCAGCCCAGACACACAGGUUGUUUUUAACUGCACCGGAAAUGCAGCCAGAACCUUGCCCGGUGUCGAGGACAAACGGUGCUAUCCCACUAGAGGACAGGUCCUCCUAGUGAGAGCGCCGAGUGUCCAGACAAAUAUAAUGAGGCAUGGCCGCGCCUAUGAGACAUACGUUAUCCCAAGACCCCAAUCAAACGGAAAUGUCAUUUUGGGAGGAUAUAUGCAGAAAGGGAAUAGCGACGGAGCUACGUAUUCGUAUGAGACUGAAUCCAUAUUGCGACGUACAAACGAGCUCAGCCAAGAACUACGCCAGGGUGAGCAAGAGCUACUUGCAGCAAUGAGCGGUCUUCGACCCUCUCGGGAGGGUGGUGCUCGAGUCCAGCGUGAAAGCAUCGUUAUUGGUGGAGAAACAAAAGCAAUUGUUCACAACUACGGAGCAGGAGGAACCGGGUUCCAGGGCGGUUAUGGAAUGGCCUUGGAUGCUGUCCAGGCCGCUGGAGGCAUUCUUCAGGGUUUAAAACUACAGCUACAACCUAGCUCAAGAUUAUAAGAAAGAUACGGCCUAGGCUCGAACGUCAGGGAUGUUUCCUUGAAGUUAUUUUACG